CAUGACUUCAGUGAUCUUCAGGUCGGAAAGUCGGAGCUCUAGAAAUAGGCCCGACUUGGAAUUCCAGAAGUCUUGCACGUACUAAAGUCGGAAGUCGGAGAUUUCCGAGUUCCCAGUUCCCAGUUGUUUUGAACGCGGCAUCUCCUAUCUCCCUUCGCCGUGACGUAGGGGUGCCUGCACAAUCCAACAUGGAGUAGCGAGCGAUGGGGCUCUAGCGGGGCCACCCCUCGGUAACGCCAGUGCCCAUUCAGCAACGCUGAACGGGCCGUCGAAAACCGGGCCCCCAGAAUUUAGGAGGCACAUGUUUUACUUCACCGUAUUACCCUGAGGAUUAUAAACUUUCUGAGAGUCUUUAUUUUACACAAGCAACUGGUUGGCAUGACAAGAAAAGGACAGCAGAGAGAGAGAGACCUACUGUAGUCUAAGACUGAAGCAAAGAGCGCUGUGUAUUCACACAAAGGCAGCGGAGAGAUAGGCUUCUACGCGGAAUAGAAGGGAAAGGACUGAGGAUAGGUGUUGAAAGAAAUGACGAGCAAAAAGCAUGCACCCGCAUUGGGAUAUUAUCUCAGGUGAAACGAGAAAAUGAUAGAAGAAACACACCCAAGCGAUGACAGCUACAUCGUGUGUGUAAAAGCCGUGGUGAUGGUGAGGGAUGAUUCCAGUGGAGGCUGGUUGGUCCAGGACGGGGGGGCUCUGAGUAGAGUGGGAGUCUGCAGGGUCCUGCCCCCCGAGCUGGGGCUGGGACUCGCCCCCCUGGGUCACUCCCACUUCCUCAUCCAUGGAGAACGUCUACGGGACAAACAGGUGAGGGACAAACAGGUGAUCCUGGAGUGUGCUCUGAGGAAGAACCUUGUGUACACCAAGGCCACGCCCACCUUCCACCAUUGGAUGGUGGAGGACAGGAGGUGUGGCCUGACGUUCCAGAGGCCUGCUGAUGCUCGGGCCUUCGACAGAGGCGUACGGAAAGCCAUGGAGUACAUGGCAGAAGGCUCCACGACGUCCUCCUCAACACUCCAGAAUGAGGCAGAACUGGGCGACGAUGACGUGUUCACCAAUGCCACAGACAGCUCGUCUAACUCCUCCUCCGAGAGACUAGAGCCCUGUCUGCAGCCACUGGACUCCUCCCCCCUCGCUGACUCAUCCCACUUACACAACAACUGCAUCCUGGGAAACGACCUCCACGAACCCUAUAGGUUGUCAGACCACUACUUCCUAGAUCUGCCUCUGCCCCGCAUCCCUCGCCACGUCACCUUCCAGGACGACGAGGAGAUCGUCAGGAUCAACCCUCGGGAACGUUCCUGGGAGCUCCCCUCGGAAUCCUCCUCCCGCUCGGAACUCCACAUGGACCAACUAGAACGCUCCUGGCUCACGGGCUAUGAGGACUACCGCCACGCCACCGUGCGCCACAAAUACAUCCGCCCGCCAGACGACUCUGAGUCCUAUGUCCACUUCGCUAAGAGCGAGCCACACAAACACCACUAUAGUUAUCCCCUGGUAUCUACACCGGUAGAUUCCUCCGACCCCAAACCUACCUUCAGACCUUUACCCAAGAGGCACCACUACGCCGGCUUGGGUUCACAACACCGCCGUCCAGGGGAUCAGGGCUUCGGUGGGGGCGUGGUCUCGACCCAGCCCCAGCCCCUCCUCCCUAGCUCGUCUGAUGGACAGGACAAGAGGUCUGAGGAGGGCGGGGUUGGCGAGCGCCUGCAGUGCCAAUACUGCGGCGAAACGUUCUACGGCGGUAACAACCGACGGGGACGCUGCCAGGAUGCGCCGGACCCGAUAAGGGCAUGCGUCAGGCGGGUCAGCUGCAUGUGGCUGGCCGACACACUGCUGUAUCACUGCAUGUCUGACCCGGAGGGGGACUACUCAGACCCCUGCUCCUGUGAGGGGGGUGGCGAGGGGAGGUUGGGCACGCGCUGGGCAGCUCUGCUGGGGUUGUCCCUAGUGGCGCCGUGUCUCUGUCUGUACCCGCCCCUUCACGCCUGCCACCGGGCCGGGGUGGCGUGCGGGAGCUGCGGGGGCAGGCAUGAAGCCUCAAUGACAUAAACCCAAAAAACACAUGGAGGGGAAGGAGGGGGAGGGGGAGAAGAAGAGCGGUCCUAUGCCCCAUUUUGGUUUUGUGGUUUUGUUACUCUACAGACGGACGUGUAUAUACAGCGUUGGCGUGUUGCGGCCGCCAUUUUGAAAUGGCGUAAAGAUUGAUAAGCUCCUUCUUGUGUACUGUCCUUCUCUCUCUCCUCUUUCCACGUGACUGUCUUGUUCCCUCCAUUCCUGUUUGAGGGAGGGACUCUUUUUAUUUUUAUAGCUGACUAAUAUGUCAUGCAUCACAUACAACCAGGUACUUUCUACUAUUUACACCGACUUGGUGUUGAACAACUUGAAUUGUUUAGUUUGUGUACGUUGUUGUCCUGUGUGGUUGUUUUCUAGGAGAGCCUGUUUGAUAUUAGACCUGGGUUCAUAUAGUAUUUGACAUUUUCAAAAAAAUUAUUUCAGUGUUUGUUCUAGCCGGCCUGAAGUGCCAGAUGGGCGGGGUUUGCAGUGUUUAGACUCCUAUUGGUUCAUUAAUCCAGGUGAGAUCAAUCAAGCACAGUUUUAAGUCUUUGAAAUGAUUUCAAAUAGCAUUUGAACCCAGGUCCUUUUUUAGAUAGUUCUGUUUAUAUGCCACCAGGGUCGAUCCCAGCCCCCUCUAAACCGAACUGGCCUUCUGUCCCAAGUCCUUAGAGCAACGACUAGGAGAUAAGCCUAAAGCUGCUGUGUGUGUGUGUGUGUGUGUGUGUGUGUGUGUGUGUGUGUGUGUGUGUGUGUGUGUGUGUGUGUGUGUGUGUGUGUGUGUGUGUGUGUGUGUGUGUGUGUGUGUGUGUGUGUGUGUGUGUGUGUGUGUGUGUGUGCGUGCGUGCGUGCGUAUGUGCACGUGUGUGUGUUGACUAAAGCCUCCUUUGGUGUUAGUAACAAAUGUUAGCUCUUCACUACCCCAGUACAUUUCAUUUACACCAUCUUUACAUAAACUGCAAUAUCAGCAUUUAUAAAGGUUUGAGUUGGACCCUACAAUCACCCAGGAAACCUUCCCACAGAUUAAGUCUAGUCCUGGACUUAAAAACAUACUCAAUGGAGAAUCCAUAUUGAAAUAGCUUCUUAGUCCAGCACUAUCUUUCAUUUGUGUCCAGGAAGUUGGUGUGGAGCUUACUAUACAGAGGUUCAACUUUAACCUCUCUGGUGAGAAUCAACAGGGACACAUUGAGUUUUGAUGUUUUGAAUCCAAAGAUCAUUUUUAAUUGUAUUUAUUUUCUCUCUGAAUUGCCCCACCAGCCGCAGGGUGGACAGAGACAGACAGACAGUUGGUAGGAGAUAGUGUCUAGAUGCCGCAAGGCAGCAGGGUGGACAGACAGACAGACAGACAGACAGACAGACAGACAGACAGACAGACAGACAGACAGACAGACAGACAGACAGACAGACAGACAGACAGGCAGGCAGGCAGGCAGGCAGGCAGGCAGUUGGUAGGAGAUAGUGUCUAGAUACCGCAGGGCGGCAGGGUGGACAGACAGACAGUUGGUAGGAGAUAGUGUCUAGAUACCGCAGGGCGGCAGGGUGGACAGACAGACAGUUGGUAGGAGAUAGUGUCUAAAUACCGCAGGGUGGACAGACAGACAGUUGGUAGGAGAUAGUGUCUAGAUACCACAGGGUGCACAGACAGACAGACAGUUGGUAGAAGAUAGUGUCUAGAUACCACAGGGCGGACAGACAGACAGUUGAUAGGAGAUAGUGUCUUGAUACCGCAGGGUGGACAGACAGACAGACAGUUGAUAGGAGAUAGUGUCUAGAUACCACAGGGCGGCAGGGUGGACAGACAGACAGACAGACAGACAGUUGGUAGGAGAUAGUGUCUAGAUACCACAGGGCCACAGGGUGCACAGACAGAUAUGCCAGUUGGUAGGAAAUAGAUAGACAGUGCCUAGAUACCUUCUCUAAAGCCAGGAACACAUUUAGAAUGAGUCCCAAAUGGCACCCUAUUCUCAUAGGGCCCUGGUCAAAGUAGUGCACUAUAAACUGAAUAGGCUGCCAUUUGGGAUGCAUGCUUAGCCUUUUUUUAAAGUUUCUGUCAAAUCUGAGGGAUUUAUCUCACCACUUGAGGUUUGAAAACAUCUGACAAUCGUAGAUGUUUGUGAAGCACUACUUUGAGACAUGGGUGUUAUUAACAUUUGAUACAGGUUCAAAGUUGAAAUGUACCUGCAGGAAAUCAACUGUAUAUGUAUCUAAUAUAUGAGAAAGGAAGUCAAACUCAAUAGGACUUUUCUAUUGAGAAAAUGAGUCAAUGAUAGAUUAUUAUUAUUAUUAUUAUUAUUAGCUUAUCAGCAUCGUGUACUCUCACUGAGGACCUAUAAGAAGCAGUUUCACCUUUGUCCCGCCCCCUUCUCACCAGUCACACACCUUUUCUCGUAUGAUUGACACUGCAGCUAUCCACUCCCAACACUCCAUCCACAAUGUUAAAGCCCAACACUAAUUACAAGAGGACUGGGGUCCGUUCAAGAGGGGGCGAUGUUCUGACAAAAUGUUUCUGAUUUAGAAAUCAAAUCAAAUGUAUUUAUAUAGCCCUUCGUACAUCAGCUGAUAUCUCAAAGUGCUGUACAGAAACCCAGCCUAAAACCCCAAACAGCAAGCAAUGCAGGUGUAGAAGCACGGUGGCUAGGAAAAACUCCCUAGAAAUGAGACGAGUGGACAUGAUUCUGUCCCAGAGGCCAGUCUAUUCUACACAAGGUAGAAGUGUUCAUCAGGUACUGAACGGAACAACAACAGACUGCAAUGGGAAGAGACUACCUGGACUCCAAUAAGAUGUGUUUUUAUAAACGUUUGGGAAGAGACUACCUGGACUCCUAUAAGAAGUGUUUUUAUAAACGUUUGGGAAGAGACUACCUGGACUCCUAUAAGAAGUGUUUGUUAAAACGUUUUUAGUUGCAUGUCCUAAUGAGUACAACCCUGUCAACUAACGUGUCCGUUUGUUCCAUAGAAAUACAAUGGUGUGUUGCUCCUAUCAUGUCACUGCUCCUAUCAUGUCACUGCUCCUAUCAUGUCACUGCUCCUAUCAUGUCACUGCUCCUAUCAUGUCACUGCUCCUAUCAUGUCACUGCUCCUAUCAUGUCACUGCUCCUAUCAUGUCACUGCUCCUAUCAUGUCACUGCUCCUAUCAUGUCACUGCUCCUAUCAUGUCACUGCUCCUAUCAUGUCACUGCUCCUAUCAUGUCACUGCUCCUAUCAUGUCACUGCUCCUAUCAUGCCUAAAUGGUUGAAUGAAUGUGUUGUUCCAUACCGUGUUGCUGUAGAAGGUGAUUUGACCCAUCUGUUGUUGUCUGAAAGCUUCUAAUGGGGAAGGUUGUUUGGUAACCCGUUACGUAAAAGCCAACUGGUAUAAUGCCUUAUAACUUGUUAUAAGCAUGUAUGCACCUUUUAUAAAAGUGUCACAACAGGCACUAUAUGGUAAUUCACUUUCUAUGGAAUGAUUGUCACUACUCCACUCCAGACAUAUAGUGCUCCUUCAUCAUGGGUAACGGUCCAUCAUGGGUAACACUCCUUCAUCAUGGGUAACAGUCCUUCAUCAUGGGUAACACUCCAUCAUGGGUAACACUCCAUCAUGGGUAACACUCCAUCAUGGGUAACAGUCCUUCAUCAUGGGUAACACUCCAUCAUGGGUAACACUCCUUCAUCAUGGGUAACACUCCUUCAUCAUGGGUAACACUCCAUCAUGGGUAACACUCCUUCAUCAUGGGUAACACUCCAUCAUGGGUAACACUCCAUCAUGGGUAACACUCCAUCAUGGGUAACACACCAUCAUGGGGAACACCGACCAGUAUAAUGCCUUAAACUUGCUAUAAGCUUAUGUGAGCAUAUUAUAAAGUGAAUCAUCUGAUUCUA